AUGCCUGCUACCCAUGAUUCUCCGUGUCUCCCUCCAGCCCAGGACACUGGGGAAAGGAUUAUUAAUGGAGUUGUAUGUACAAGAGGCACCCACCCCUGGCAGGUGGCCCUGUAUCACAACAACGUGUUCCAGUGUGCAGGCGUGCUGAUCCACCGGCGGUGGGUGCUCACCGUUGCCCACUGCCGCAGGAGUGAGUUCAUCGUGCAAAUGGGCACUGAUCUUCUGGUUAAUCCAAAUGCCCAGAAGAUCAGGGCCACCGAGACCUAUGUCCACCCCCGGUAUGACGUAACAACGGAUGUCCACAACAUCAUGCUCGUGAAGCUGAGCAGCCCCGCCAAGCUCUCGCCCACCGUGAUGACCAUCAACGUGCCCACAACCUGCAGACUGCCCAGGAAGAGCUGUACUGUCUCCGGCUGGGGCAGUAUCACCAUGGAUGUCUCUGUAGGACACCCAAUCGCACUCAUGUGCUCGAACGUCAACCUCGUCCCUUUCAAGGAAUGCAGGAAGGACUACCCGACGGUGCUGAAGAAAUACACCAUCUGCGCGGCCCCCGUGGACCGAAAGUCUUUCGCCUGCAAAGGGGACGCGGGGAGCCCGCUGAUCUGCCAAGGAACCCUGCAAGGCCUGGUGUCCUCCGAUUAUUUCCCGUGUCGCCCACCCUUCGACCCCAUCAUCUACAUCCACGUGUGCAAGUACAGCAAGUGGAUAUUUGAAACCAUGAUAAACAGUUGCUAAUCUCUCUGUCCCUAUGCCCCGAACAGGAAAUUCAUAGAAAUAAAGA